CACGGCCAGGUGAAGAAGUACCGCCCGCAUGGGACUGAUUAACAGACAAGCGCACGUGUCCCUGAUCAGACGCUCUGGAAGAAAAGACUCAGGAACAUCAAUCCUCAGGAACUCUCCAGGGUCAACGUCUUGAACCUCAGCGACAUAAACUUUCCAUCACCUGAAGACAGACAACUUUUGACUUUCUGAACACCAUGAGCACCAUCAAAGUGCAGAAGCCGAAGAAGCCUCACUACAUUCCCCGCCCCCUAGGGAAAUCCUUCAAUUACCAGUGCUUCCAAUGCCCCUUCACAUGCAAUGAGAAGAUCCACCUGUUCAACCACAUGAAGCACAAUCUGUGCCAGAAAUCCAUCUCUCUGGUGUCCAAGCAGGCUCCACCCCAGGCUCAAGACCCCUGCUAUGUAGUAAGCCCUUUGGACAAACCCCUUAAUUCACCAAGUCUAACUGGGGAAAGCAUGGCCCACACAACGCACACCAAUGCAAAGCAGCUGCAGUCUGAAGCAGAAGAUGAGAAAGUCACACCUUGCAACAAUUUACCCAGCAGCCCCACAGAGUCAAACUCUGUGUCACAAGACAAUGGUGAAGAAAAGAAGCCUGAGAUUCAGACUUGCCCCUCAGCUUCCUUGCUCGCCUCAGCUAAAACCACUGACAACCACAACACUCUGCGAGUACAGAAACCACAGGUGUCCACCAAUCAACCUCUGUGUCACAAUUCAACCCUCACAUGGUUUCCCACACCCACAUUUGGCAUGUACAACUUUGGACAAAAGGUUUAUGGAACAGACAUCAUGACUUCUGACUACUCCCAUCAAUACCCAACAUAUCCAUCACACCCCCUCUACCAGGAACAACAGCUGCUUGGGAUCAGCAAAGAACAAGAAGGGUCAUGGCCACUCCAGUUUUAUCUCCUAGAAUCCCAGAGACCCUUGCAGUCUUACCCCCUCUUGCCGGAUUACUUUUCUAUGGCACUAACAGAUCAAUAUUUCAAAUACUACCAAUCCCUUAACCCACCUCCACCUCCUCCUUACAUAGCAUGCCCUGCCCCACUUUACUCAUCAAAAGACCCUUCCCUAGAGUUCAACGGCAGAUUCCUGGAGAACAGGGAGAUGGAAGUUCCUGUUCAAAACUACAAUUUCGGCAACCCGUUUGCCCUAGGCAUGGGUGGUCACGACCCAAGAGGGCAGAAGUGGGCAGGAUUGAGUCCCAGGGCUGCGUGUUCAGCUUCUGGAUCCCCGGAGCCACCAGUCACAGACGACUUCCCAGUAAUGGUUUCUGACAUCAACAGAGCUGCUGAGCCCUACCAAUCUGGGUACAGAGUUUCCACUCCACAGCCUAUCAGCAAAAAGGGGAUGAGGGCAAGGGAGGACAACACUGUGCAGCAGGGACUGAGGUCUACAGGGGAGAGGUCAGAGUCAACCAUGUCUUACUCUGCUAAUCCUAAAGAAACUCCAGAUGUCUCAGAGUCAGAGGAAGAACAGAUGUUGGCUCUUGACCUUUCCAACAGAGACCAAGCUGGGGCAGGUCCCAUCUCGGACUCCUAUAGUAGGGGGAGCUGUUUUGAACCAGAGGAGGUGCCUCUGAACCUCUCUCUCAAGGCAGUCCAUGACAGCCUACCUCCACAGAACCACUGCUCUCCCAACCACUGGUCACAAGGCCUUGGUGUGAGUAAAGAACAGGAGCACACUGCUGCCUUUGCGCUCUGUCAGCUAGCCAGCUCGGGCAGACUGACUGAAGGCUGCCCCUCCACUGCCGCAACCCUGGCUCUCAACGGAGGUACCGGAGACAGAGGCACAAAGAGGGUGAGGAUCUACAAAACUUCCAAGCAGCCAGCAAAGAGAGCAAAGACCACGGCUGCAUGCUGAACUCUGAGGAAGAGGCCUCGUUGUACCUGACCAGGAAGAACAUCACCCUCCGUUAUAGCAGAGUUACCAAGUGUGACACAAAACGCAACUGAACUCAACAAUUGAUCCCAGAACCCUUCACUUACACUUCACACUUCCUAUUAUGAACAUGACAAAAGCUUGAUGCCAAAUACUGAUAAUACAUGAACAAUGACAGAUACCAGGUGUAUGUUUCUGCAUAUAUAACAAGUUUAUAUAUGACAAUCUAUAAACAAACCUGUUAUGUAAGGUUUAAAUGUACAUUUGCAGGGUGAAAUGUAUAGUACUGUGCUUAUCUAAAGGCACUGUGUAUCAUGGGUGAGUAAAUAUUUAUUACUUUGAACACUGCUGUGAUCACUGAAAAAUUAACAGGAAAGGGACAUGAUAUUUAAAUAAAUUAAAUGUUUAAAACAGUAUCAGCAAUUACAAUGCACAAAGUCACUUAAAUAAUGACAUCCAACAAAAAAAUAAA